AGUGGAGGAUCAUUUUUGUAAUGGAAAAUUCACCCAAAGAAAACGCCCAGCUAUUCUUCUCAAAAUCUGAAAGACCUACGGACAGGACUCCUUUUAAAUCACAGUCAUCUAUUUCAGAAAGAAAACAACCUUGUUGUGGAGAAUUAAAGCUGUUUCUCUGUGCAUUGUCUUUUGUUUAUUUUGCCAAAGCCUUGUCAGAAGGCUAUCUGAAGAGCACAAUCACUCAGAUAGAAAGACGAUUUGAAAUCCCUAGUUCUCUGGUUGGAGUUAUUGAUGGCAGCUUUGAAAUUGGGAAUCUUUUAGUUAUAACCUUUGUUAGCUACUUUGGAGCUAAACUUCAUAGGCCGAAGAUAAUUGGAACAGGAUGCCUAAUUAUGGGAGUUGGAACAUUGCUUAUUGCAAUGCCUCACUUCUUCAUGGGACAUUAUAGGUAUGACAAAUUUUCUCCUUCCAACUCUACCAUCACCAUCUCUCCAUGCCUACAGAAACUCAACAAAAAAAUAUCGCUUUCAGUUACGGAAAGAUCCCAAUCAAAAGUAAAUACAGGAUGUGAAACAGAAACUCGAACUUCCAUGUGGGUUUAUGUUUUUCUGGGAAACCUCCUCCGUGGAAUAGGAGAAACUCCCAUUCAGCCUCUGGGGAUUACGUACAUUGAUGACCAUGCCAGUGAGGACAAUGCUGCAUUUUAUAUUGGGUGUGUGCAGACAGUUGCAAUUAUUGGACCAAUAUUUGGAUUUCUUUUGGGUUCACUGUGUGCCAAACUAUAUGUUGACAUUGGCUUUGUAAACCUAGGUGACCUAGCCAUUACUCCAAAGGACACACAAUGGGUAGGUGCCUGGUGGCUAGGUUAUUUAAUAGCAGGUGCCCUAAGUCUUAUUGCAGCUGUGCCUUUCUGGUUCUUGCCAAAGAGUCUCAUGAAACCUGAAGGCAGGAAAGAUUCCAUUUCCUCUUCUGAAAAAUCAAAGUUUAUUGUUGAAAAUCCUAAGGAAUAUCACACACACUAUCAAGAAAAAGUGUCAAUGCUUGAAAUGGCAAGAGAUUUUCUGCCUUCUCUGAAGAGGCUUUUUGGAAAUCCAGUGUAUUUUUUAUACUUGUGUGCAAGCACCGUUCAGUUUAAUUCUUUAUUUGGAAUGGUCACAUAUAAACCCAAGUAUAUCGAACAACAGUAUGGACAAUCAUCUUCGAAGACAAAUUUUGUUAUAGGACUUAUCAAUAUUCCCGCAGUAGCCUUUGGAAUAUUCUCUGGGGGCCUAGUUAUGAAAAAAUUCAGGAUCAGUGUGGUUGGAGCUUCAAAACUCUAUCUGGGAUCUUCAUUCUUUGGCUACCUUCUAAUGCUUUCCCUGUUUGCAAUGGGCUGUGAUAAUUCUGAUGUGGCUGGCCUAACUAUCUCCUAUCAAGGAACCAGACAAGUUUCUUAUUAUGAACGAGCUCUCUUUUCAAAUUGCAAUUCGGGAUGCACAUGUUCAAAGACAGAAUGGGAUCCUAUAUGUGGAGAAAAUGGAAUCACCUAUGUAUCUGCUUGUCUUGCUGGUUGCCAAACUUCCACUGGAAGUGGGAAAAACACUAUAUUUUACAAUUGCACCUGUGUGGGAGUCACAGAGUCUAAAUCAGGAAAUUCCUCAGGAAUGGUGGGCAGAUGUCAAAAAGGAAAUGAAUGUUCAAAAAUGUUCCUAUAUUUCCUGAUAAUAUCAGUCAUCACUUCCUAUACUUUAUCUGUAGGAGGCACACCUGGGUAUAUAUUGCUUCUGAGGUCAAUAAAGCCACAUUUUAAGUCUUUUGCCCUAGGAAUCUACACUUUAGCAAUAAGAGUUUUUGCAGGAAUCCCAGCUCCAAUAUACUUUGGAGUACUGAUAGACACAACAUGUCUUAAAUGGGGAAUUAAAAAGUGUGGAUACCGAGGAGCCUGCAGAUUAUAUGACUCUUAUGCGUUUAGAUACAUAUAUCUGGGCUUAACCGUGCUACUUGGCACCGUGUCUAUUUUCCUGAGUAUUACAAUGCUUUUUGUUUUAAAGAGGAGAUAUGUUUCUAAAAAUGGAAAUCUCACAAACAAUAAAGAAGAUACAAUGGAAUCUACAAGUAGCAAGAAAGAUCAUACUAACAGUGAACAAAUUUUUGAGACUCUCUACUGGCCGGGCAAGGAAACACAGCUUUAGAAAGAAGUGAAUUCCUUGAAGGGAAGGACUAUCACAUUUUUGGAUCUUUAUCUCCAAAGAUUAACACAAGGUCUGGCAUAGGUAUGUAAUAAAUGCCUGAUGACUGAAUAAUGGCAAUUUGGGGAUCAUACUUUUCAGCAUUCAAGGAAUUCCACAGAAACAUCUACUUUGGCUGAUUCAUUAUAUGUGUAACUCUCUUCAUGUCCAAAUAUUUUCUCUUUGUAUAAUUAUAAAUGUAAAUAUUGAUUUAGAACUUUUCUGUGGUGUGAAAUAUAAUAACAUUAAUCUUUAGUAACUUCAUAUGAAAAGUUAAAAAGAAAACCCUUUUUAAAACUUUAUUACAUCAGUUCUUACCUUGAGUCAUUCAUGCUUGCUGAGUUUGGUCUUGCACCUAACAGAAAGUAGAUUAAUUUUGAAAAGAACCUUUAUUCUUAUGUAAUAUUGUCUAAUUUUAAUUUGUCAAGUGCUUCCUUAAACUUUGCCUUGCAGCUAACCCUAAAUAAAUAUUUUUGAAAUUGAAUUGAAAUUCAAUAAAGGUUUCACUUUUUAAAAUUAAAAUACACUUUUGGGAUAACAGAUAGAAAGCUUAUUGCUAGUUUAUCUUCCCUUGGAUAUCAUUUCAGUGGCUACUUCAACAAACUUAAUUUUGAAUUUUAUUCCCCAUGAAAACUUUUUAAAAAGUGCUUAUUAUGUCAAUGUCUAGAUGUGAAAUUUUAUUAUACAGUAGCAUGUGGUCAACAUACUCUUGCCUUUUUCAUGAAUCAUUUAAAUACUUUAUUCAUUGUAUUAAAUAUAUCAACAGAAAGUUGUGAAAUAAAGUUAACAGAAUGUUGU